GGGGGCGGGCAAGAUCUUCUCAUUCUCCAGUCUGCCGGUGCUUUGUGUGAGUUUUUGUGACUCGGCAGACUAAGUAGCCUAUCUUUUGGAUAUGAGGAAAGAUCGUACGCUUUUCUUUUAAUCGCGUUUUCUGGAUGUACCUACUAAUGGAGUGAGCGCGGACCAUCUGAGCCCGUUCUCCCGGACAGAGACCCGCUUUGUUCGAGCAGUAGCCUAAUAGACGAAUCACGUCUGCUAUCGAAAUGAGCGACACGGAGAAAGAUAACAAAUCUGAUGAAGACUCGGAAUCCCUGGAGGAAGAGGAGGUUGACCCGAGGAUUCAGGGUGAACUGGAGAAACUGAAUCAGUCGACAGAUAACAUCAACAGAUGGGAGACGGAACUGGAGGACUCCCGACAGAAGUUUCGUGCCGUCCUAGUGGAGGCCACGGUCAAGCUGGACGAGCAGGUCAAGAAGAUCGGUAAAGCCGUAGAAGACUCCAAACCAUACUGGGAGGCCAGGAGAGCGGCGCGUCAGGCUCAGGUUGAAGCUCAGAGAGCCACGCAGGAGUAUCAGCGGGCCAUCGAGAUCCUCCGGGCCGCGAAGGAAACCAUCGCUCUGGCCGAGGAGCGUCUGCUGGAGGAGGACAGCCGGCAGUUUGACUCGGCCUGGCAGGAGAUGCUCAACCACGCCACCCAGAGGGUGAUGGAGGCGGAGCAAAGCAGGACACGCAGUGAAAUCGAGCACAGAGAAACAGCGGCUAAAUACAACGCCGCCAUCAGCCACAUGAGACAACUGGAGAAAAAACUCAAACGCACCAUCAACAAGUCCAGGCCGUACUUUGAAUUAAAGGCCAAGUAUUAUCUUCAGCUCGAGCAACUGAAGCGGCGGGUUGACGAGCGUCAGGCUAAACUCACCCAGGCCAAAGCCGAGUAUCGGACCGCCCUUCGUAACCUGGAGACCAUCUCAGAUGAGAUCCAUGCACGGCGCAGACUGUCUGCCAUGGGGCCCCGGGGCCGAGGGGUGGGGGCCGAAGAUGACGGGACUGUAACCGAUGACAUCGCAAACUUCAAAAUGGAGUCUGACGGCAUAUCGAUGUUGUCUGUGAAUUUCGAGGACAGCUGUAACGGCUCACCAUCAGAAGACGAUCCUGAGACCCAGUCCACCUGCAGCAUGAGCUCCACAUCUGCUCCUCUCGACCUGCCCUGUCCUUCCUCCUCCUCCUCCUCAUAUCCUCUGCUCUCUUCCUCCUGCCCGUACCCUUCCUCUUCCUCCUCCUCCUCGUCCCUCUCUGUCUGUCCUGACCUGCUCCAGCUGCCAGGCUCGGGGUCUCUGGAGGAUUUCAAGCUGUUUCAAGGUGGCACAUCUAAGAAUGGCAAUCCUGUCUUUUAUUAUACUGCAUUGCAGGUUGACACAAGUUAUAUUUGCAUUUUUGACAGAUCAGUACUUUAA